CAGAAAUGGUUAUAGUUCGUUCUCUCAAACAGGCAACAACAACACCCAACAUAAACAUGUUGGCUGCUGCCAUUCUCGCUUUGGUUAUUGCCGGGUCCCAGGCCACCGUCCUCGGAGGCUAUAGUCCCUGUCACGGAUGCGGUGGCGCUGCCAUCGCUGCCCCCACCUAUGGUCACGCUAUUGCUGCCCCCGUAGUUGCUAAGGCUGUUGCCCCUGUCUCUGUUGCUCACUCGCGUACCUAUGUGACCAAGCAGAUCGCUGCCCCUGUUGUUGCCAAAGCUGCGAUUGCCGCCCCCGUCGCUGUCGCCGCCCCGGUGUCAAUCGGCCACGGAUACGGCAUUGGAUAUGGCCAUGGCGCUGCGAUCGCUGCCGCCCCUAUCGCUUACAGCCAUCACGGGUACUAAAGGAUGACUCGCUGUUAUACUGUAUAAAAGAUGCUUUACUCGCCUAGAUAAAUAAACGACACAAAGUGAUAUAUGUA